AUGGGCAUCAAGGGCCUCAUGGGCGUCAUCAACGAGCACGCGCCCGGCGCCGUCAAGGAGCUCGUCAUCGAGGGCUACACGGGCCGCGUCGUCGCCAUCGACGCGUCCAUGAGCCUCUACCAGUUCCUCAUCGCGAUCCGCCACCAGGGCGAGGGCGGCGCGCCGUCGAGCGUGCUCACGAACGCCGAGGGCGAGCAGACGUCGCACAUCCAGGGCAUGUUCAACCGCACGAUCCGCCUGCUCCAGGCGGGCGUCCGCCCCGUCUACGUCUUCGACGGCAAGCCACCGAACAUGAAGGGCGGCGAGCUCGCGAAGCGCACGGCGAAGCGCCAGGAGGCCGAGGCCGCGCUCAAGAAGGCCACGGAGAACGACGACGCCGAGGGCAUCUCCAAGUACAGCGCGCUGCUCACCAAGGUCUCGCGGAAGGACUGCGACGACGUCAAGCAGCUCCUGCGGCUCAUGGGCGUGCCCGUCGUCGACGCGCCGUGCGAGGCCGAGGCGCAGUGCGCGGAGCUCGUCCGCGGCGGCAAGGCCCACGCCGUCGGCACGGAGGACAUGGACGCGCUGACCUUCGGGUCCACGCGCCAGCUCCGCAACAUGACGUUCACGAAGAAGUCCAAGGACGACAAGGUCCUCGAGAUCACGCACGCGGCGGUCCUCGAGGGCCUCGGCCUCUCCAACGCCGAGUUCGUCGACUUCUGCAUCCUCUGCGGCUGCGACUACACGUCGACGAUCCGCGGCGUCGGGCCCAAGACGGCGCUGAAGCUCGUCAAGGAGCACGGCUCCAUCGAGGCCAUCCUCGCCAAGGGCCUCAAGGCCAAGCAGAGGGGCGACGUGCCCGACGAGUGGGACGACGCGGACGACGGCCCGUUCGUGCCGGCCUACGUCGGCGCGCGGAACCUCUUCAACAACCACGAGGUCACGCCCUGCGGCGACGUGGAGCUGAGCUGGGGCAAGCCGGACGAGGCGGGCCUCCGCGCGUUCCUCGUCGAGCGCAUGGGCUUCGGCGAGCAGCGCGUCGAGGGCGCGCUCAAGCGGCUGACGUCGGCCCAGGGCCAGCGCACGCAGCGCCGCAUGGACAGCUUCUUCAAGGUGCUCCCGCCGAAGCCGGGCGCGGCACCGAAGAAGCGGCCCGCGCCGGAGAAGAAGGCGCCGGCGAAGAAGAAGGGCAAGGGCCCGCCGCGCAAGUGA